AAGUAGGCUAACAUAAAAAUCACGGAGGGGUGCAUGAUUUCAGCUGCGUCUCACCAGGACUGCUGUUGCUGCUUUACAUAUAAUCAGCCACGACAGGGCAGUAUUGCACAAAAAACAACAGCAUAAGGUAACCAGUCAGUCUUUUUUAGUUCUCCAAACUGGCCUCGGGAACGUAGAAAUACGCUGUAAAGUUUUAUAACGGCCAAAGCGCGACAGCGCACGACUUCAGGAACGCACCAACAACUGAGCAAUUCCAUAAAGCGGCUGUAAACUUUAAUGCCCCACGUGGAAACACGGGUCCCAGUGCGGGAACUCCUUCUGGACAAUACUCCAUGGAAACGAAACGCAACCUUUACCCCCGCCUCUGGUCACCCGUCAUUGGCCCGAUCCAAAACUAGUUAAGACCGCCCCGCGGGCUAGGAUUGGACAGAACUCCCUGCCGUCAGGAGAGAAACGCGGAAAAGGGUAAAAAAAAAAAAGUUAUGGAGCGAAGCGUAAUCGGAUCACGUCUGAUGCCUGCUGCUGCGUUGUUUUCCAGCAUCUGAAAACCUCCCACGGUGAGCGUGGAAAAGAGUCGUGAGAGCGCAGCGCGUAAAGCAAAGAGCGGGCAGCGGAGCCUGGGCGAACGGGAGCGGGAUCCGCGGACCGAUCGGCUCUGAGAGAGGAGGGCCAGGUGUGUUUGCCCGUUUCCAGGGGUUCCCUCGUCGGUGUCACCGUAGAGGAGGAGGAGUGAGGAUUGGACGCAAAGAAGGAAGAACAGGUGCUCGGGAUAAAGUUACCUCUCUGAGUGGAAGAGGCUAACCCUGAGGAGAAACCAGCUGUGGAAGUUUUCGUGGAACUGCUCACCCAACUCCUGACAGGAUUAACUCAUCCCUCGGAGGUACAAAUUGGGAUUCAGCCUCUAUUUUUUUUUCCUGGCGCAAGAAUUACGCACGAUCUGAGCCCGCCGUGGGGUGGAUCGGCGUGGGAGAGCGCUUGCUUUUGUUUUCCAGGUGCUGUAAAGUGGGGGUGGGUGGGGGGGUCGAGCCGCCCCAGCCUCAGAAGCAGCGCCCUCCGCUCCACUGCGGCACUGACGCAGCUGGUGUCACGCUCCAGACGAUGCUCCUGUAAUUCAGACGGAGGAUCGCGCACACGGGGAGCUGGGGGGGGUCACACACAGAAGGAUUUCGCUUUCAUUUCCCCCUAAAGAUGGAAUACCACACAGGACACGAGGCUCGACUUCUCUGAUCCGGAAUGAUUGAUCCGUGCGUCAUAGCGCUCUGAGGCUCCAAAGAGGUUUUCGCUUCUGAAGAGCGCGCUCGUCCCCGGAACUUCCAACUCCUGAGCGACCCCGAAUCCCACCCCCCCUCCUCACCAUCAACCGGCGAUGUCCAAGACGCUCAAGAAGAAAAAACACUGGCUCGUCAAAGUGCAGGAGUGCUCCGUGUCGUGGGGAGGCUCCGGGGAGCUGACCAGUUUCGUGGAAGUGCGAGGCGGCGCAGAGCUCGGAGAGUUCCCCCACAUCGGACGCGUGAUGCCGGAGGCGGUCGUGUGCCACGCCGGGAGGCUGCCCGGCAGCGGGGACGUUCUGCUGGAGGUCAACGGCACUCCGGUGAGCGGACUCACCAACAGAGACACGCUGGCGGUCGUCAGACACUUUCGGGAGCCCGUUCGCCUGAAGACCGUGAGACCAGGUAAGGUGUUGAACACGGAUUUGCGUCACUACCUCAGUCUGCGUAAGGUGUUGAACACGGAUUUGCGUCACUACCUCAGUCUGCAGUUUCAGAAGGGCUCUCUGGACCAUAAGCUCCAGCAGGUGAUCAGGGACAACCUCUACUUGCGCACCAUUCCCUGUACCACUCGGCAGCCCAGGGAGGGGGAAGUACCUGGAGUGGACUACAACUUCAUCAGUGUGGGGGAGUUUCAGGAGCUGGAGGAAAGCGGCAUCUUACUGGAAAGCGGGACCUAUGACGGUAACUACUAUGGGACCCCCAAGCCCCCGGCAGAGCCUAGCCCCGUGCAGCCAGACUUGGUGGACCAGGUUCUGUUCGAUGAAGAAUUUGACACGGAGGUCCAGCGGAAACGUACGACCUCGUUCAGUAAGAUGGAUAGAAUGGACAGCACGGCUCCAGAGGAGGAGGAGGAAGAAGAGAGGCCCCCUAUGGUUAAUGGUGUGGGAGAGCACAAGGACAAGCCAGAUUGGAGGAAGACGGUGCCCAGCUACAACCAGGCAGCGGGAGCCAUGGACAUGCAUGCGUGGCGCACUCUGGAUGAAAGUCAGGAGCCUUUGCCUAAAAACUGGGAGAUGGCCUACACGGAAACCGGGAUGGUCUAUUUCAUAGAUCACAACACAAAGACCACUUCCUGGCUGGAUCCCCGCCUUGCCAAGAAAGCCAAGCCUCCCGAGAAAUGCGACGAAGGAGAGCUGCCCUACGGCUGGGAGAAGAUUGAGGACCCCCAGUUCGGCACCUACUACGUGGACCACAUCAACCAGAAGACCCAGUUUGAGAAUCCGGUGAUGGAGGCAAAGAGGAACCUGAGUGGGGACACACCCACUGCAGUCCAGCGACCGGCAGCCGCACCGUCAGAAGAGGAGCCAGCGAGAGGGCCGCGCGGUUUCACACGAGAUCCGACCCAGCUGCAGGGUUCCAUCCUGCAGACGUCCCUCAAAAAGAGCCCGCUGGGAUUUGGGUUCACCAUCAUCGGAGGAGACCGACCGGACGAGUUCCUUCAGGUCAAAAACGUCCUUCCUGACGGGCCGGCUGCGCAUGACAAGAAGAUCGCCCCAGGUGACGUCAUUGUGGACAUCAACGGGGCUUGCGUGCUGGGGAAGACCCACGCGGACGUGGUGCAGAUGUUCCAGUCCAUCCCGAUCAACCAGUAUGUGGACCUGGUCUUGUGUCGGGGCUACCCUCUGCCCGAGGACUCCAACAGCAGCGAAGACGCUUCAGCCGCCCUCGGCGCCUCGAAGGAAGCGUCCCCUUCCCCAUCCUCCUCCGCGCCCCAGGACCCCCAUUUCACAGCCCCGGAUGGAGGAACCAUGUCGCGGCAGGCCACCCUCCCGCCGAUGAGCAAUGGAGGACGCCACCACCAUCAUCAUCCUCACCCGCAGCAGCACCUUCCUCCUGCCCACACCCAGGACCCGCCUGACACCACCCUGCUGCAGCCGGAGCUGGUGAGCGUGCCCUUGGUGAAAGGGCCGGGGGGCUUCGGCUUCGCCAUCGCCGACUGCCCCCUGGGGCAGAAGGUGAAGAUGAUCCUGGACGCCCAGUGGUGCCGCGGCUUGCUGAAGGGCGACGUCAUCAAGGAAAUCAACCGGCAGAACGUCCAGACGCUGAGCCACGGACAGGUGGUGGACAUCCUCAAAGACCUGCCGGUGGGCAGCGAGGUCAACGUGCUGGUGCUCCGAGGAGGUCAAACGUCUCCUGUGAAAUCGCUGAAACCUUCCACAGCUCCGAUCCCCCACGCUCCGUCCCACCAGAGUCUCCAGCAGGCUCCUCAUCCCGUGUCCCAGCAACUGCCACACCCAGCCACCCUUCCUGUCGCGCAGCUGCAGCACCCGCAGGACGUAGCAAACAGCAUGGAGACCGGCCAGCCAGAGGGGCCCUCCAGUGCCAACACCCCGCGCGCCUCUUCUCCCAAACCGGACCCGUCUAUGCUCUACCUCAAGUCCAAAGCAAUGUUAGACAGCAAGCCACCUAAUACUAAGGACCUGGAUGUGUCUAUCAAAAGAAACCAGGAGUCAGGCUUCGGCUUCAGAGUCCUGGGCGGCGAGGGACCGGAUCAGCCGGUGUACAUCGGCUCGAUUGUUCCUCUCGGUGCGGCCGAGAAGGAUGGGCGCCUGCGGGCCGGAGAUGAGCUGCUCUGUAUAGACGGCGUUCCCGUUAAGGGCAAAUCCCACAAACAAGUGCUGGAACUGAUGACCAACGCCGCCCGGAACGGCCAAGUCAUGCUGACUGUCCGCAGGAAGCUGGCACACACGGAGGACGGCCAAGAGGAGGAGAUCGGUCAGCAGCCUCAGCAGAUGCCGCCGCCGCCGCCUCCGGUCAUCAGCUCUCCUAAGAUGCCUCGCGCCGAGGUGCCAAACGCCAUCCAGCCUGCUCAGCUCUCCAGACCCGAGAGCUUUGAUGUCACCCUGCAGCGCAAAGACAACGAAGGCUUUGGCUUUGUUAUCCUCACAUCAAAGAACAAGCCGCCACCUGGAGUCAUACCUCACAAAAUCGGUCGUAUCAUCGAGGGCAGCCCCACGGACCGCAUAGGCCGCAUGAACGUGGGGGACCGCAUCUCUGCCGUCAACGGCCAGUCCAUCGUGGAGCUGUCGCACAACGACAUCGUUCAGCUCAUAAAGGACGCCGGCAACACCGUCACCCUGACCGUCGUGCCCGAAGACGACGGCGCUCCUCCGUCUGGAGCAAAUUCGGUGAAGCACAGUCCUUCAGCCCAGCACAGAGCUAUGGGCCAACAGCCUCCUCCUCAUCUAGACAGGGCUGGUGAGUCCGAGGUGAGGAACUCUCAUCAGCCGGGUGAGACGGGAACAGUCGCCGCGUCAGGACCCAAACAGGGCUGCUUCGUGGUGGAGCUGGAGCGCAGUCAGCGGGGCUUCGGCUUCAGCCUGAGAGGAGGAAAGGAGUACAACAUGGGCCUGUACAUCCUGCGCCUGGCCGACGAGGGGCCUGCCCUCAAAGAUGGACGCAUACAUGUCGGAGAUCAGAUCGUGGAGAUCAACGGCGAGGCCACUCAGGGCAUCACGCACACCCGGGCGAUCGAGCUGAUCCAGGCAGGGGGCAACAAGGUUCACCUGCUCCUCCGACCCGGCCAGGGCCUUGUCCCGGAUCACAGUUCAAAAGACAAAGUAGCCAUUCCGUUGACCAGCCUUCCCAGACUAUCUACAUCCGACGAGCAGUCAUCUCCAGCCUCUCCGUCCUAUCACCCAGGACGGUCACCAUCUUCCUCCAAAGCAUUCGCCCCUGAUGAGCCAUCGGCGGGGGAUUACCGAGUGCCUGGUUUCCCCGGUGCUGGACAGGAGCAUGGUACACAAGCUAACCGAUCAAGAGGACAGCAGCGCCCUACCCACAACCAUAAGCGUGCUGCUAGCCCCAGGAAAACUGUCCAGGGCGACUCCAAAUCCGCCAGUCCCAGAAGAGCCACAGAGGGUCAAAUGAAUCACGUGGAGCGUCCCCAAAGCCCCCAAAAAACAGUGGAGGACAUGAGCAUGGACAGAAAAGCCCAAGGGCAGAGAGACCAGCGCUCUACUAGUCCAAGGAAAGGCUCCAAGAGGGAACUAGAUCCUUACCUUCCUUCGAGGAACCCGGAAGAACCUCAGAGCCCGAGACGCCCAGCUGGACAACAGCCAGCUGGGGACGCUGCUUACCGGCUGGAGAGAGGGGCUGCAGAGGAUGGAGACAGAAGCUGGGGGACCGGCGAGCACCACAGGAAGGGAAAGAGAGCUGAGAAAGAGGCGGCGGCACAGAGGUCCCACCGGGAGAGGUCGGGGUCGGACGCCGAUCCGCCCGCGGCGGGCCACAGGAGCGGACGGGAGAGAACCGAAAAGGAAUAUCCCGAGGCCAAGUACCAGGGCCCGGCGGAGCAGGUGAGCAGAAAGGACCCCAGAGGUUCCAGCAGCAGCAUCCAGGAUCCCAACUGCAACGGCACCAGCAAGAAGGCUCCCAUUACGCCGGGGCCGUGGAAGGUGCCCAGCUCGACCAAGAUCCAGUCUCACGCGGACUCAUCGUAUGCAGAUAUCUGAAAUCUUUCCACGGGUGGAUGAAGACGAAGCUGAGCCUUUUGAGAAUCAAGGAGCGUAUUCGUAGACGGGUUGGAGAGAGCGGCUCAAAUUAUAACCAGCAGCAUACCCUCUCAUUUUUAUGUCUGUCGUGUUUUUGUUUUUGGGUUUUUUUUCGUUUUUUUUCACCCAGUUUGCCUCAGACGGUUUUCACCAAGCCGCUGACCUCUGAUCUAAAACGAGUAUUUGUUCGUGUCUCGGCUGCACGGCCGUGUGAGAUGAGCUCUGAGCAAGGGUCUUUGUGGUGGAAAUCUGUUUUGUGCCAAUCAGAGACUCCGGUUAAAAAAAAGAAGCUGCUCCCGAUGGCACUCACUGUGAAUCAGUCCGGAUGUGUCUGAAUGAAGUGCUCCCUCUGUCUGCCCGAGCCACAAGGAAGAACCUGUUUAGUUUGUUUUUGUUGUUGUUGUUUACUAUGAAGGAUUACAAGCAUACUCAUGCACUCACAGCUUUUAAACCGAGCAGGAUUUAUUCACUGUUAUCAUCCCAAACGGGACCCAAGUUAUCUUCUAAUAACAAAAAAAUGCUUUUUUUUGUUUGUUUGAUUUGUUUUUUUUCUUGUGUUGAAAAUCCGAUAAAAGCUGUGACUUGUGUGACUGCAUCCGAACAUGUGAAGUCAUGAAUCCCACCUCGGUGGGAGGACCACUCUGAAGCUUUAUAUGCAUCAAUGAGCAGACCAGAUACUUGUGGUUAUAGAUCUAAUGUUUUUGUACUUGUGUUGUGAAACUAAUGUGAGAAUCAAAGCAAGUCCACACACACACACACACACACACACAUCCAUGUUGAGUGCACUUAGGCGGAGGCCGAACAUGUAGAUACGCGCCCCCAUUUAAGCCAAUCCCCACUUUGAAAACCUCAGACUUCACUUGAUCUCUAGUGGUCUGGAAACAGCCUCAUCCAUCAUGUCGUUGACUGUUAGCAGCACUGUGCCGAUGUGUGUUUCAGUUACUCCUGCAGACUCAAAUAUACUCAAUCUGCAAAAUGUGAUAUUUAGCAAAGUGAUUACUCAAAUAUUGAUUAUAUUUAGGAGGAAUUCAUUAGCAGAGCCUUACUAUUGAUAAAAGUGCGACCUUUCCGUUUUAAUUUUCAUAAAACAUUUUGACGUGUGUAUUUGUAUUAUAAAAAGAGACACACACACACACACACGGAGGAAAAAAAAAGUAAACUUUUGUUCAAAUGUUUGAUACACAGGGCCGGACGCAUGCGUUGGCCCUCCUGGUAAAGAUGUGCAAAAAGCCAUGAAAUCAAUGAAUAUUUUGGUGCAGCUGUAUAAUCUCUUGACUGUAAUUUUUAUUAACAAAAAUACAACCUUUAUUCUGUGCAUAUUUUUUAGUGGGGUAAAAAUCCCUUAAGAAAAAAAAUCAUCUGUGUCACAGUUAUUGGUAGCCAGGCUUUCCUCUGUUGCAGCAUUUAACAAGGUGGAGGCGCAGAGAAAGAUCCUUAACCAUUCCAUUUUGCACAAUCUCUCUAAAUCAACCAGAAUCCUGGGUUUUCUCUGAUGAUCUUCCCUCUUAAGCAUACUUGGAACUCAGAUGGCCAUAGAUGAAGGUUGACUUUUCUGUCUGGUGAAACAUAUCCAUGUUUAUUUGGCCACAUAUUAUGGAUCAUUGUUUAGCAGAAAGACCCAAUAAUGACCCAUGUUCUGUUUUGUGGCAGAGCAAAUCUGAUUUUUGUUAAAAAAUAAAAUAAAUGAAUAAAUAAAAAUAAUUAAAAAUAAAUAAUAAAAAAUAAAUAAAUAAAUUCUGGCAAUCCAUAGCCCAUGAGGUCAGUCUAACAAGGGUGCCAUUAAAUGAAAAUAAAGAGAGACAUCAUCUUAAUAAUACAAAUAUUAUUAAUGUUCCCCUGGCCUUUGGAAGAGAGAUUGACCCACAGCAUUACUGAUCCUCCACCAAACUUUACCAGUGAAUAUAAAUGUUCAUAUUUAGUUUUACAGCAAACCCAUCUCACAUGUUCGUUACCUUAAAAAGGUUUAAUCUUUCUUCUCUUUUGACCAAUCCUCACAGCUCCAGUUAAAGUCCCAGUCUCGAAGUAGAGUUAGGGUAGAAAAAGGGACUCUUUUCUUAUGUUCCAUUUAUACCACAGGACAACUAAAAGUUGUUGAUCACUAAUUAGACGUUUCAAAACAUUAGUCAAUUAAAAAUACAAUUAUAAAUAAAAGAAAUAGUUUUGUUACAUUUAACUUUAAAAGAUUGUUAGGCAUGCAAUUGUGAUUUUGUUAAAUGAAUAUAUUUCUUAGCAUGAGAUUUUUUUUCUUUACUAAAUGGAUGUACUCAAAUUUCAGGUUAUUGUUUUUUUUUUCUUCUUACAUUUUUAUUGUAAUAUUAUCCUGCUGCAAUUGAUAAAUGUAUUUAUUUUAAGGCUCUUUACACAUCUUUUACCAGGGCAGCCAAUGGUUGCAGCUCGCACUGUACUUUGCUGUAGUUUAUGAUUCAAAAUGUAAAGCUUAACAUUUACUUGCAACACCAUCAUCAGUUUUUUUUAUAUAUACACACACAAAGCCAGACCUUUAAAAUAAUCCAAAUAAUCUUCAGUUUUGACUUGAACGCUGCUUGUUUGAGACCGUAGGCACAUUCGUGCAUAAUGUGAACGCAUCUGCUCUGCCUCUCUGGCAGUCCGAUAGGAAACUUUGCUCGCCUCCUGAUCAAACUGGGAUUCAAGAUUGGCAUUGAAAAUAAAUGUUUUUAAAUUUACAAAAGCAACCAACUGUGCUCCACCUGAAAGAGAAAAUGUAGCGUUUCGGUGUUCUUACUGUGGACUAGAGUGACAUCUAGUGCUCCAACCUCUGCUCUGCACAAACUAGUCUUAGCUUUAACCCCCAACCCUCAUCUGCCUGCCUGCAUAAGCAUUUGAAGACGCAACACAAGCAGCUGUUUGUCUGUGAGGCCGCUGAAUAAUGUAUUGUCUGUUUUUACGUUGACAUGAUGGGCUACUGUAAUUUUUACUGUUCAUAUCUUUACCACGUCCGAUGCUGUGGCCUUGCAUUGCUCCAACAUAUUUAAAAGUCUUGUUUUGACAUCAUUGUAGUUGUAAAUGUUUAUAAAUUGUACAGCACCUGUAUAAAAUAAUUGCCUUCAUGAAGAAAGAAAAUCUAUGUAAAAUGUUCCAUUAUUUUUUUAAGGGAGCUGAGAGGAAAUGUUAUGCAAUGGGUGGAAAAAAAAA